AGAGACAUCCAGUCCAGUAGGUGGCAGUAAAGACCCAAUGCCCAGAAGCUGGUGUACACAGACCGAGGCAUCAUGGCGGACGUGUUGGAUCUUCAUGAGGCGGGAGGCGAAGACUUUCCUAUGGAUGAGGAUGGUGAUGAGAGCAUCCACAAGCUGAAAGAGAAGGCCAAGAAGAGAAAAGGACGAGGCUUCGGCUUGGAGGAGGGGUCCAGGUCCAGAGCUAAAGAGGACUAUGAUACUGUGGAGCAGGAUGGGGAUGAGCCAGGUCCUCAGAGAUCUGUGGAGGGUUGGAUCCUGUUUGUGACGGGUGUGCAUGAGGAGGCAACAGAGGAGGACAUCCAUGACAAGUUUUCAGAGUUUGGAGAAAUCAAGAACCUGCAUCUUAACCUUGACCGAAGAACAGGUUACCUGAAGGGCUACGCACUGGUAGAGUAUGAGACGUACAAAGAAGCACAGGCAGCCAUGGAGGGACUCAACGGUCAGGACCUGAUGGGCCAGACUAUAAGCGUAGACUGGGCAUUUGUCAGAGGACCUCCUAAGAACAAGAGGAGGGGGGGUGGACGGAGACGCAGCAGAAGUCCAGACCGGAGACGACGCUGAGUGGAAGCGGAGUUUAUCCAUUCAUGUUGGCGGGCAGUUUCUCAGUCUUUCAUUUAAAAAAAUAUCUUGCUAUUCUUUCACUAAUUUUUCAGCUACUGUUGUAUUAUUAUACAGAGCAACUGUACUGGACAUAAGGCGCUCUGCAAGAAACAGCCGGUUUAACUGCACCAUUUGCAGCACAUUUGAGUCUUUUAGUGAAGGUUUGGUAAACACUGAAAACCAACUUGGUCGUGCAUGUUUAUAGUUUCCGUGAUUCCUCAAAAUGUUUGAGUUUGAAUUUCAUUGUGAUUGUUUUGUGCUUUUACAACCUGGGGACAAAUAAAGUUUUAAAAGAUAAA